GCCGUAUCACUGCGUUGAGUGCAAACUCCAAACAGGCGAAGAAGAUAAGGUGGUGUCGACGAAAGAGAAAGGAAUGAUCACUUCCUGUCGUGCGCUCUUAUUUUGGAGUGUUGCACUUCCUGCUGGGGGGAAGCUGCAGCCGCUUUACCCCAGCGGUAUGGUGCACAGCUGUUCGCCAUCGCAGUUAGUGGAGGUUAAAAGCCCGGCGUCAUCGCAGGUUUGCCGGAAUGAAGUACUGCAGUACCCGCGGUGGAGUCCAAGGAUGGGACUUCCGGGAUGUGCUGUUUUCAGGUUAUGCUCCUGAUGGAGGGAUGUUUAUGCCUGAGAGUAUACCCACAGUGAGCCCAGUAACGCUGAGGCGCUGGAGUGGACUGUCGUAUCCCAAACUGGUGAUGGAGGUAGCCUCCAUCUUCAUUCCCUCUCAGCUCAUUCCCAGAAAGGACCUGGAAGUCCUGAUUGGCUCUGCUUUGUCUGGAUUCUCUGUGCCGGAUGUGAUCAGAACUGUCCAGCUGAAGGAUGGCCUGACAAUCCUGGAGCUCUUCCAUGGAGACACCUUAGCUUUUAAGGACCUGGCUAUGACCUGCACCGUGCAAUUUCUCAACUACUUCCUGCAGAAAGAGAAACGCAGGGCUACUGUUCUUGUUGGUACAUCAGGUGACACAGGUGGCUCGGCCAUCCAGAGUGCAAAAGGUACUUCUGGCCUGGAUGUGGUGGUGGUUUACCCUCGGGGACGUAUUACCCAAAUCCAAGAGAAACACAUGAUCACUUGUCUGGAGGACAAUGUUCAUGUUUUUGCGGCGGACGGCUCAUCUGAUGACAUUGACCAGCCUCUGCGUCGCCUCUUUGCCGAUCAGGAACUUGUGAAGUCUCAUGGCCUCAUGAGCCUCAAUUCGGUGAACUGGUCUCGUAUCAUGAUCCAACUGGUCCAUUUCAUCUAUGCGUACCUGCGGCUCAUGGGUGUGGAGCAAGUGGAGGCUUGCAUGCCUGAACUGGAAGUGGUGGUGCCUACUGGAGGGGCGGGGAACCUUGCAGCUGGCUUCAUCGUCAAGCAAAUGGGAUUGCCCCUGAGGUUGGUGGCCAUGGUGAAUGCCAAUGACAUCGUGCACAGGACAGUAACCUCCGGUGACUUUAGUAUGGCAGCGAACGUCACACAGACACUGGCUCCUGCCAUAGACAUCCAGGAUCCGUAUAACAUGGAGAGAGUGUUCUGGCUGCUUCUGGGAAGAAACGGUGCUUUGGUGAAGAACAUGAUGGAGGAGUUCCAGCAUUCACAUGCACAUACUCUGCUUGAAAAGCACCACAAACUGUUGUCGCAUAUAGUGUCUACUGGGACAGUGAACGAUGACGGUAUCGUGGAGACAAUGAGGAGAUGCUGGGAGGACAACCAGUAUGUGCUGUGCCCGCACACAGCCGUGGCGGUAUGGCACCACUACCACUGUCCUCACAGUGCCAAUCUUCCCAGGUGUUACAUGGCCACAGCAUCCCCAGCCAAGUUUCAAGAAGCGGUACAGCGAGCUGGAUUGACCUUUGACCUACCUGAAGCCGUCAGAGCUUUGGAUACGUUAGCCUCGCGUUACCAGAACCUGGACCGCAGCGUGAACUGGUGCAACGACUGGGAACAGAAACUGAGAGAGACUAUCCAGUCGGUGAGCUCAGCCCGGAAAAACGGACUGACUUAUUACAGCUGAUGUGAUUGCAGGGCCGUGACAUAUGCAAAAAGAUCAAUGUGCAGGGCACUUUGCUUCAUUAUGCAAAAUGAUUUUACAGUUAAUUUUAUUGUGAAUGUAUACAUUUUAUGAUCAAAGAUUCAAAAUGUAAAUACGCAAAUGCCAGAAAGUCACAAAAUGUAAACGGAAACAUUCAUUUUUAAUGAUGGGGACUAUCAUUAAAGGUGCUUUAGUGCAUUCAUGUAUUGACUUUGUGCAUCAUUAAAGACAGCUUCACACGUUAUCCAUUAUUUUUAACUUCAUUUGCACCCAUGCAAAUGAAGCAAAGUGAGGUCGAAUAGGAAAAAAGUAAAUGGCAAACCUGUGGUAGUUGUUGUAGUAACAGAUUGGUGUGUCUAGGGGGCGCCAAACUCACCGUUUGUGGUUCCCCUCACUUGAACCGUGCUUGUGUGGACUUUCCAGACUAUCCAGAGUACGUAGGACUAAUUUACCACUGUACUUGUAAUUGGCUUUCUCAGCUGGCUCUGUGUGUACAAUCAGACUGUCACGGAGCAGGAAAAAAUAUCCAACCUGGAAGAAGCAGGCAUUACCCUGCUUAGAUGGUGCAACACUGAUCGGAAUAGAAAUACAGGCUGUACCUAAAGUCU